AUGCUGUUUACUGCAAUAUAUCAAUAUAAUCCUGGGUCACCAAGUAAUGGUGAGUGUUGUGGUCCUCAGCCCAGUGUGUUACUGGUGGUGGUGAUGGUGAUGGUGGGGAAAUCUCUCGCUGACGAUUAUGAUCGCUACGCUCCACCAGGACAUCACCCACGCUACGAACAGGAAGGCAUGCCAUACAACUUCCAAUACGGCGUCAAGGACGACUACUCCGGCAAUGACUUUGGUCAAACCGAGCAAUCUGAUGGAGACACUGUCUCAGGCUCCUACACCGUCCAGCUCCCAGACGGCCGCAAACAGACGGUGAAUUAUGUUGCCGAGGACGACGACGGGUAUAAGGCGGAGGUCAGAUAUGAGGGCGAGGCCCAGUACCCCCACGAGUAUGGUCCAGCAGUUACCUUCAAGCCCCAAUACCAGCCCUCAUACUAUCCCGAACCCUCAUACAAGCCCCAGCCCUCAUACCAGCCCCAGCCCUCAUACAAGCCCCAGCCCUCAUACAAGCCCCAGCCCUCAUACCAGCCCCAGCCCUCAUACAAGCCCCAGCCCUCAUACCAGCCCCAGCCCUCAUACAAGCCCCAGCCCUCCUACGAUUCUGAGGAAUCUUACCCAUGAAAACUGUGGCAUAGGUACCAGUAAUGAUAAUUACCGGAAACUUGAAUUCUGUGUAAGUUGUUCUAAUAAAAUCUAAUUGAAAUUAAUGGCUUUGGUGUACCGAAAACGCAAUAACCUAUUGUUGAGAACGUUAAUGUAUUUUUUAUAUUUUUUAACGUAAUCAAGGAAAACACCCAGGAUGUGACAUCUGCGCGCGAUUCUCAUUGUUUAAUGACAAUAUUAAAAUGUUAACUUUCAUACGGCAAAUGUAACACUGAAAUACGAAAAAUGGGUCGAGUGCAUAAACACAACAAUUUGAAUCUAUUUAACAAUGUAGUACUUUAGCGCCAGUCAUCUGAAGUUCGCCCCUGGUACUAAAAGGACAGCUUUCAAAGGUUCACGUCAUCCUCAACAUUUCGUGGAUAUUACCUGAAUCUGAUUGAAUCAAUUGUGAAGGUUUAUACCGAAUUUCAUUAUAUUCCUCACACGCACCAUAAUUAUCCUAUUUAAAAAAGAGUCUUAAAUUUUCCGUCUUCUCAUUCUGCUUGAAACUCUGAAGCAGUAGUUAUAAGAAAGAAAUCCUUAGAGUUAUGUGAAAAUCUUUUAUUAACUAGGUGGCGUUUCAGAUUUACCGUUGCAUUUUAUCCUUGAAUGAAACAGGGAACUUGUCAUUGAUGAGCAUCUCCAUCUUCUCUUGACUCAUAAAAGGCGACUGCCAUUUCAAUAAAUCACUGAACUAUAUGUUUAACAGAUCUCUAACCCUGUCCAUGGAGGACAGAAGAAAAAAUGUAUAUAUGAUGGUUAGUAUUGUAAAUGUGUGGCCACGUCUGUGGUAGAAAAUGCUAAUAAUAAAAAUAAUACCAGCUGCCGGUGUAUGCACACCUCAGGUCACGGCGGUUUCCACUGAACGUAAUAAUAAACAAGUAAAAGAAGCCAAGUAUUUUAUAUUGAAAACUAUGUUCAUGUAUUUGACCCCCGAGGGAGGGGCAUAGUUUAUUAAGUUUUUGUUUACAACUGAUAAGUAAUAUACUUAUAAUCGUCAGAUUACCCUCAUUUUUUAUGGAAAGUCUUGCCAGAUUACUGGAAUAUUUUUAGGGCUAUUCAAUUGUUUAUAUUUUCAUUUUUCGACUCUUUGCGUCCGGCUGGAAGCGUACCCCUAGAGUAAGAGAGCGUUGGGUAUAGGGGGUAUUCCUAGCUCACCGCCAGUUCCAGAUGUUAUAGAAACUGCGUCUGAGGGCACCACUGAGAAAGUCCCACUGAGAAAGUCCAUUGUAUCUGUCAAACAUA